UCUAACUGCGCAAGUAAAUCAACAAAUUUAAAAGGGUUUAGUAGGGCUUGGUUUGUGUGUCCAUGGCAUGCUUAAACAUGUUUAACAAAUAGCAACAAGCCCUUUGCAUUGCAACUUGCAAGUAGAAGAACAACUUCUCUCUCUAUGGAUCCUAGGAUUUCCUUCUCCAAUGACUUUGCAGACACUCAACAAGCCAUCAAGCAUGAAACCAGCUAUAGAGAAGCGCCCGUUUCUUCCGAUUUCGAAUUCUCCGUGAACAACUUUGGAAUGAUCUCGGCGGAUGAGAUUAUGUUCAAGGGCACAUUGUUGCCCUUGAAGGAUAAUGGUGCCAACCAGCUAGGGAAGACUACUACUUUGAGAGAUGAGCUGCUUGUUGAUGAUGAUUAUGGGGAUGUGUUGCCAAGGGCACCAAAGAGUUUAAGCAAGUGGAAGGAGCGUUUGGGCCUCAAGAGGGCUCAAGUUGUUCCCAAAAAAGCUGACAGAAGUCAUUCUGUUCUGGAGAGGAUAGCUGAAGAGAGGAGGCCUGUGUUUGUUCAUGAGGCUGUGCUUAUUAGCAAGGAAAGCCAGGAUUUUCUAUUUGGAGGAGGGUUAAGUUGCAGAGGUGAUGGAAUGUGAUGCAAGGUUGCUAUUCAUCUUUAUUGCAAGAGGAAUGAUGAUGAUAGAGUGGCUUCUGUGAGUGUGUGUUUAGGGCUUGGCUUAGCUUUCCAGUUCUUUUGUCCAUUUAAUUCUAGACAACAUCCCCAUCCUCUUCUUCAGAGAAGUAGAAGAUGAUGAUGAACAAGAAGAAGAAGGUAUUUGGCUGUUCCAUUUUGUACAAAUGUUUGCAGUUGAAGAGGUUCUAUGAGUUUAUGUAAAUCUAUUGUGUUUGAUCUAUCUUAUUAUGAUUUGUGUGGUUCUAUAUA